AUGUGGAGUUACAGCGGCGAGCAGAAGAUACAGCAGACCCCACCGCCCGAGGCUAAGCCGCCCAGCAACAGUGGGGGCUGUUUGGGGUGCUCGGCAGAGUAUACUGUCUACGGGGCCUCCGGGGGGGACGCGGAUGGAUGGCAUGUAUUGACGGACAUGCUGCAUGGCGAUGUUGUGGCCUACCGCAUGUCUCUCACACUCUAAGCAACAAGGUCUUGAGUCGACCUUCUUUCUCUUUCGGCCUCUGACGAGCUACCGCACCCAAACAGAGACCUUCGUGUUUUGUCAUGACUUGAAUAUGCCGAAGAUAGGAUACCAUCACCAGCACAUAGUCUACGUAUAAUGGUCCUUGAACGUCUGCGAACCUAAUGUAAACUUGAUUUCGCCGUACCAACCCUAAUACAACGAAGUUUAUAGUUUUGUUACCGACAGGGCAAACGACGUCAGAGGUAGAGAACGAACGACAAAACAUGUAGUCUCUGCUUCAAGUUCUUAUGAGGUUGACUUAUGGCACACUCACUCCGACAUACUCUGCGAGCACGACAAAAACGUCGGAACGACUUUUCAUGCAGGGGUCUCGAGAAACGAGCGGAUCAAGUACUGUUGCCGCCCGAUCCUGACCUAGUCUUGGGAGGCGAUUUAGACGCCAGGUGUACACAAAACCGGCACUCACUGCCAACACGGAACGUCAUGACGUUGAGAUAUAACGAUGCGACCGCGAUGACAUUGACCAUGUCUUCCUGCGUCGCCCCCGGGAGGCAAGCCACCUAACUCCCGAAGGGCACCGUUGUACAAUUGUAUAUUGCCGAUCUAGAAAUAGCCGUAGCGGGUGAUUGUGCCGCGCCCGAUCGACCAAGCAAUAGCUACGAUCGACAACACUGUGAGGU